CCCGCCUCGCGCGCCCGUUUCGAGCCGAGUCGCUGGCUGGGCUCCGCGGGCCGGGCGGCGGCGGCCAUGGGGUCCGGCGCGGCGCAGCUGGAGGGCUACUACUUCUCGGCCGCGCUGAGCUGCACCUUCCUGGUGUCGUGCCUGCUCUUCUCCGCCUUCAGCCGCGCGCUGCGCGAGCCCUACAUGGACGAGGUCUUCCACCUGCCGCAGGCGCAGCGCUACUGCGAGGGCCGCUUCUCCCCCGCGCAGUGGGAUCCUAUGAUUACUACCCUACCUGGCUUAUACCUGGUGUCCGUGGGUGUGGUCAAGCCUGCCAGCUGGAUCUUUGGAUGGUCUGAACAUGUUGUCUGCUCCAUUGGGAUGCUCAGAUUCGUCAAUCUUCUCUUCAGCAUUGGCAACUUCUAUUUACUGUAUUUGCUUUUCCAGAAGGUGCAACCCAAAAACAAGGGUGCUUCCAGUAUCCAGAGAAUCUUAUCAACACUGGCACUAGCAAUAUUUCCUACACUCUACUUUUUUAACUUCCUUUAUUAUACAGAAGCAGGAUCCAUGUUUUUUACUCUUUUUGCAUAUUUGAUGUGUCUUUAUGGAAAUCAUAAAACAUCAGCCCUGCUUGGAUUUGGGGGCUUCAUGUUUCGCCAGACAAAUAUCAUCUGGACCGUCUUCUGCGCAGGACACAUCGUAGCGCACAGGUUGACCGAAGCGUGGAAAACCGAGCUGCAAAAGAAAAAGGAAGAGAGGCUCCCCUCUGGGAAAGGACCGUUUUCAGAAUUCAGGAGAAUUGUUUGGUUCCUCUUGGCGUACUGCCUGUCCUUUAAGAACUUGAGUGCGCUCAUCCUCCUGACCUGGCCCUACGUCCUUCUGGUCCUGGCAUUUGGUGCCUUUGUAGUAGUUAAUGGUGGAAUUGUAAUUGGUGACCGGAGUAAUCAUGAGGCCUGUCUUCAUUUUCCUCAGCUCUUCUACUUUUUCUCUUUUACUCUCUUUUUUUCCUUUCCCCACCUGCUAUCUCCUACCAAAAUUAAGACUUUUAUUUUCUUAGUUUGGAAACGCAGAAUCCAGUUUCUUAUUAUUACCUCAGUCUCCAUAUUUUUAGUUUGGAAGUUUACUUACGUUCAUAGAUACUUGCUAGCGGACAAUAGACAUUAUACAUUCUAUGUGUGGAAAAGAGUUUUUCAAAGACAUGAUAUUAUGAAAUAUUUGUUAGUUCCAGGCUAUAUAUUUGCUGGUUGGAGUAUAGCUGACUCGUUGAAAUCAAAAUCAGUUUUCUGGAAUUUAAUGUUUUUUGUAUGCUUGUUUACUUCUACAGUUCCUCAGAAACUGCUAGAAUUCCGUUACUUUAUUUUACCUUAUAUUAUUUAUAGGGUUAACAUACCUCUGCCGCCCACGUCAAGACUUCUGUGUGAACUAAGCUGCUAUGCACUUGUUAAUUUCCUAACUUUUUAUAUCUUUCUGAACAAGACUUUCCAGUGGCCAGAUAAUCAGGAUAUCCAAAGGUUUAUGUGGUAAUACAAGAAUAUUCAUACUGUCUCCAAAAUGGAUAACUAAAUAUAUAAAAACAAUUUGGGGGGGGUACUACAGUGAUCCUAAGAUCACAUCUGAUAUUUAUGUACAUUUUAGGCAUGCAUAACGAGUCUGAGGAAGUUCAGGAUAAAGAACUGAGAAAGCUCCAGACCUGAUUCAAAAACCAAACUGAUGCAAAAUAAACGUGUUUACAAUUCUCUCAUCAUAUCUGUUAUACCAUUAAACAUAAAGCUAGGAAACUUCUUACAUAAGUUCAAGAAAAUCAGGAUGCUUCAUAGUAAUAUAACUAGUUUACUGUAAUUUUUUCCAGAAAGCUAACAGAAUGUUUGAGUGAUAUUUAUAAAUGAUCAGCCAACAUUCCUGAUUGAAAAGUUGUUUAACAUUUCAGAAAUACAGUUUUAAUUCUAAAUUAAAACAGAUUUGUAUAGCUAGUAAGUUACAAACAGGUUUAUCUAGGAAUCAAAUUGGUUUUAAAGUCUAGAUGGCCUACUAUAUCACUAAUGCCCAGUAAGGCAUGUAUGAAGGCCAGAAAUAAAUGGUGUUAAUUAUAAUACCUUUUAAAGUAAAAGUUUUCCUGAAAUAAGUUACUGUGUUAGUUUCCUAGGUUUGCAAUAGCAAACGACCAUGAAUCUGGUGACUUCAAAAAGUUCCUCCCGUUUAUAGAGUGAGAGUCAAGUCAAAGUAUUACAGAGGCGGUUCUUUCGGGAAGCCGGGAGGGGAGCUUAUUGGCACAGCAGUAAGCCAGUUUCUGCCUCCGUCUUUCCACGGCCGCCUGUGUCCUGCCUCCUGUAAAGACAUGGCCAUUGGAUAUAAAGCACUUUAAUACAGAUAAUCUGAUGAGAAAUCCUUAAUUAUAUCUGCAGUCAGCCUGUGAAGGCUCAUUUUCCAAGUAAGGUCACAUUUGUAGGUUCUGGGUCAGUGUCUUUUUGUGGGGAAAAAAGGAACAUAAGGUUUUCAGGAGAAAACACUUUUAAAUAGAAUUUUCAUGGGAAGUUUAAAAAUUAGUGACUUCUGAGGUUCCCUCCUCCCAUAAAUAUAAAUCGAAUUGGUAUUUGAGUCCCUCGUCCAAAAAUAUUAGAAUUAAAAGUUAAAUCAUUUGAUCUAACUGUAUAGAUUAGGGAUACCUGCUGGGGUGUUUGUUUGGGUUUCAUGUUCACUUUUUUUUACAUUCAUCUAUUGUUUUGUCAUUCCUCUGCAGGAAAUUGUAUUUUGAGACUUGUUAACUUUGAUGUGUAAGCUAGGAACUGUGAAUAGAACAUUUAAGUUCAGUUUAUAUUUUUUAAGUUUAAAAAAAAAAAAUGGUUAUAAGUAAAUUAUUUUUCUUUCAGUGUUAGAUUAUACUUUCUCUGGGCUUUAAAUAAUUACAAGAUUUGGCUGUAAAUAAGUAUAUUCUGCAUUUGCAAAUAUUGUAUAGAAGUAAAAAUACAGUCUUUUCAGAACUUAGUAGGUUGAUACAGUUACAGCAGUAAGCAGAUUUUUUUUUUUUAACCUAGACUUUUUUAAUAGAGAAAACAUCCUCAAAGAAACAAUGCUUUUACCACAAAUUUAUUGUAAUGGACAACCAAGUUGAGGAAGCCAAAAUUAGAAAAAAAGAACAAGUAUAAUUUGGGAAAAACAACUUCCUUGAUUGAUGAAACUAAUGCAAAUCUUGAUGUUUAAUGGUAUUUCUAGGUGGGAAAACUUUUCUCUAACAUAUCUGGCAAGAAGGAAAAAACCAUGUUACCCCACAUAACUAAAGACAACUAUUGUGGGGAGAGUUCAUAUUUUCAUUUUCAAGUGGUGGGUCACUGUCAGUUUCAUUUUUAACAAAUGUUUUGGAAAAGUUACAUUAAGAGGGAAAAAGAUUAAUCUUUGUUUUCCAUAAAGUGCAUUUUUUGACACAUUAGAAAAGAAUGUUAUGAAUUAAAUGCUGAGUAGAUGCGUAAUUUUAUAAUAGGAUGUGAUUUCAGGAUGAUUGCUAUUUAAAUUACUAUUUUUCAGUAAUUUUUUUUUUUUUUU